UGGUUAAGUCUCAUCUGGAUGAACGUUAGACACAGCGUUAAAUAUUUGUCGGCCGAAUUGUAACACACGUAUGCACGUACGCAAUGAUUCGGUGAAUCAACAGACGUAGCGCGUGCGAGUUGGCCAGCCGAUCAACUUGGCCCUAUCCUCCAAAACAGUGGACAAAUUCCUUGCGAAUCCAUCAAAACACCUGCAGAUCCUGACCACUUCCCUCUUAUCCGCCGGUACCAAGCGGCGGUUCACGCGGACGGAACGGGCAAGGCAACGUCGAGCUACGGAACGGAGAGCAUAUAUAUAUCACGAGGUGAUCGAGGUGCCAUUGUACACUCUCAUAACGCAGCGGUCCGUCCAUCGACCUCAAAGGCAAGCUACUGUAUCAUAGCGCUCGAUCUUGCGUUUCCCGAUCCGAGAAGCCGACGCAGCUCCUUCCGGUGCGCACACACAAGGAAAGGAUGAAGAAGGGUGGCAGGAAAACCAGCGGGUGCUUCUGCUUCUCCUGCCUUGGCGCGCCCAUGCGCGCGCUGUCGAGGGCGUGCGACCUCUACGUGAGCGGCAUGUCCGGGUGCGCGCGCCGCAUGCCGGCGGGGGCGGUCGCGGGCGGCCGCGGCCCCGGCGGCUUCGGCGGGUCGGCCACGACCAUGCACCUGCGGGCGAGCUCGGACCGCGCCGACGACCUUGUCCGCGCUGCCUCGAAACAGCGCCGCGUCGCGCCCGAGCCGGCGGACGUUGGGGCGGGGCAGAAGAAGGUCCACCUUAGCCAGGCGACGGCGGCCGUCCCGGCGUGGAGAAAGCGUCCGGCGAUGGUGACCAUCGCCGAGGACGCGCCGUUCGAGUUCGGCGCCUGCGCGCUGAAGCGGCCAGAGAUGAGCGGGCGCGGCGCGGCGGUGGGCGGACUGGCAGCCAGCGGCGGUGGUUUUGGCGCCAUCAAGGUGGGGAGCAAGGCCUUCGAGACCCGAUCGUGACACGUGCGUGCAAUGAACGCGCGUGAUAAGAUUAGGCGUCCAUUGAUUGAUUCCACUGUCUUCCUCUUGAUUACUUCUUGUUAAUAGAGUAUGGUUAAUAGUAUAUCCAGAUACCGGUUAUAAGGCAUUGUCAUGUCAUCUAUAAUCUAUAUUAAUUUUUAUAGUCAGCUUACUCAUCUU